ACUUGUUGUGUCAGCGGUGCAGCACAGCUGGUGGCAGUAGUCCCUGGACACCCGCAGUGGUAGCGUGUUGCCUCUCCUCGUCGUGAUCCCCACGUGGGCGGUGUAUAUCUCUUGCUUCUCUCUCUCUCUAUCUUCUUCUCCUGCAGCAAGCAUCCUCCAUGUGGUUGUACUACUCUAUUCUUCUAUCACGCACGCCAACACUCCAGAAAUUAAGAAUAAGAUUAACCCUGACGUUGUGAUCAAAAUUAGAUUCUUUCAGCCGUAAUAAUUUUCUUCCUUUUUUCUAUGCACAUCAUCUAAUAUUAAUCUGUGGUACAAUUUAUACAUAAAAACCUUGUUGUAUAUAAAUUUCCGUUUUUAUUAAUGUAAUCUGAAGCUCUCAGUUUGGAUAUUAUGGUCGAUUUAGAUUCAUUAGGGUUCUGAUGAAAGAUGUUUGGAAAUAUAUGACUUAUGUUUAGAUAUGAAAAUAUAUAAACUAUGUUGAUAUAAACACUGGAAAAGUGUAACAUUAGCCAACACGGCUUUAACCUUUCUUUUGGGAUUAAAUAAUAUUGACUUCUUUAACAAUGUCCGUUAGCUGACAUUAGGUUAAAAGAAGCCCAGUGGUGAGUGCUGACACCAGCUGUAGUAGUGAGUGCUGACACUAGCUGCAGUAGUGGUGAGUGCUGACACCAGCUGCAGUAGUUGUGAGUGCUGACACCAGUUGCAGUAAUGGUGAGUGCUGACACCAGCUGCAGUAGUGGUGAGUGCUGACACCAUCUGUGGUUUUGAUGAGUUCUGACACCAGCUGAGGUAGUGGUGAGUGCUGAUACCAGCUGUGGUAAGUGUUGACAGCCGCUACCUGCAGUAGUGAAGAUUGCUGACACUCACCAGCUGUGAUACUGGAGACUGCUAACUGUGGUAUUGGUUAGUGCUGACACAGAAACUGCAGUAUUGGUGAGUGCUGACAUACAUCGGCUGCAGUACUGGUAGUGCUGACACACAGAAGCUGCAGUAUUGGUGAGUGUUGACACACCAGCUGCAGUGCUGAUGAGUGCUGACACACACCAGCUACAGUACUAGUGAGUGCUGAAACACCAGCUACAUACUGGUGAAUGCUGACACACAGCACCUGCUGUGCUACUGAGUGCUGACACAACACCUGUAGUAUUGGUGAGUGCUAACACGCAUCAGUUACAGUAUUAGUGCUGACACAGCUACAGUACUGGUGAGUGUUGACACACAUCAGCUACAGUACUAGCGAGUACUUACACACACCAGCUGCAGAACUGGUGAAUGCUGGCACAUCAACUGCAGUACUAGCGAGUACUGACACACACCAACUGCAGUACUGGUGAGUGCUGACACACAACAGCUGCAUAACUAGUGAGUGCUGACACAGCACCUCGGGUAGAGUGCAGAAUUCUAAAUUCAGAAACUUUAAAGUUGCCUGCGGUAAGCUGCCUCUGAUGUGAACGUCAGUAGUGUGCAGGGUUCUGCGAGACGCAAUUUAAAGUGCCGCAAGGAAAUGCGCUGGGUGCGGCAAGAGGAUCGAGGUGUUGUAAAGUGCGGCAAGUAGGAGUUUGAUUUACCGCAAGGUGUGUGAACUUGCGUGAAGGCAUGCAAGGUGCAGUAAGAUGGUGUUGAAAGAGUAGCAAGUAGCUCCAGUGUGUUCCUGAGCUACAGCCUGGAUCACGAAAUUUACCGGCAGUAGCACCCUUCCAGUAUCUUAUAGAAAAAUAGUGAAAGGAAAAAGAGAAAUAUAACCUUGAGAAAAUUCUAGUAGUUUACUCCUGAAACCAUCCCAAGAAACAUUAUAGUCACCUUGGAAUCAGUGAUCAGCCGUGUGUUGCGAAUGCUGAACAGCGUCGUCGUCCCCAUCUCAAGAAAAUACAUCUUGGGAGACAUAUAGGAAAGGUUUUAUGAAGAUACAGUUGUCUGCUUCAGUGUCACUCUACUUGGCGACGCGAGUUGGAAGCCCAGGGUGAUGGAGUAUACUACUCUACGGUCCUGCCGAAGUCGCAGCGGCAGUAGCAGCGUGAGAGGCGGACGGCCCCUGUGGUUGGUGGUGGCGGGGGCCAUGAUGGCAGUGGUGUGUUGUCCAGCCCUGGCCACCCGCACAGAACGAGACAUGAUUCCUCUAGGAGCGAUGUUCAGCAGUGACUCGCGAGAGUACCAAGGAGCCUUCUUGCACGCUAUUAAUCAGUAUAAUCAGAACACCACCGGCCGAAGGCUUCAUGCUUACGUGGACCUCAUCAGUACGGCGGACGCCUAUAAGAUCUCCAGACUCAUUUGUCGUCAGCUCUCCCGGCCAGGUACGCCAUGGUAGGAUCAGUGCCUCCUGAUUGCUUCGACACCCUCCGUACCCAACCCAUCCUCCGGGCUGAUGGACUAUGCCACCAGCAUGCGGCCUGAAUACCACCAGGCUAUCAUUGACCUCAUCCACCACUACCGCUGGGACCAUGUCAUAUAUCUCUACGACUCCCACGACGGGCUACUUCGGCUGCAGGAAAUCUUCCAGUCCAUUAGACCAGCGAGGGCGUCCUUCCAGAUCCGUGUAGUGAGGCGGGUCGAGUCUGCCCAAGAUGCUCUUGCCUUCUUGAAAAGUCUUGAGAAAAACAACAGGUGGUCGAGGAAGUACCUGGUGCUGGACUGCAGUACAGAGAUGGCCAAGAGUCUCAUCAUCGGUCAUGUGAGAGACGUCCAGAUGGGUCGGCGUAACUACCACUAUCUCCUCUCUGGCCUCGUGAUGGACGAGAGGUGGGAGGAAGAUGUGAAGGAGUUUGGGGCUGUGAACAUCACCGGGUUUAGAAUCGUCGACACCACGCGCCCCUACAUCAGGGAGUUUUUGAGAACCUGGACCACUCUAGACUCCAAGCUGUACCCUGGCGCUGGAGGUAACUACAUAUCGGCACAGUCAGCGUUGAUCUAUGACGCGGUGAGAGUUUUGUCAGAGGCUCUGGCCAGACUAAGACGCAAGAAGAUGGACGCAUUUGGAGACGCCCCCAUCUUGGGAGAGCCACGCAAGAUAUCCUGUGACUACAGCGAUAGUGCCAGUGACCAGUCCAUAUGGGAGUAUGGCGAGAGAAUCACUCGCAUCAUGAGGAAGGUGGAAAUUGAGGGCCUCACCGGCAACAUCAGUUUCACUGAUGAAGGCAAGAGAAAAGACUAUACCAUCGACGUUGUGGAGAUGACCUUCAACAGCGAGACGGUCAAGAUCGGAACUUGGAGUGACACCCGUGGCUUCCAGACUGUGCCGGUCAAGUACGUUCGUCUGGCCUCUGACCGAGUGCCGGCCAACAAGACUUACGUCGUCACUACGAUCUUGGAGAAGCCUUUCAUGAUGGUGAAGAAAGAGGGCAACUAUACUGGAAACGAACGCUAUGAAGGCUACGCCAAGGACCUGGCAGACCUUCUCAGCGAGUACCUCAACAUUAACUACACACUGCAGAUUGUGAAGGACCACACUUACGGAGCUCAGGAUGAGACUACAGAGGGAGGCUGGAACGGUAUGGUCGGAGAACUCGUCAGAAAGGAAGCUGACAUCGCCAUCGCCCCGCUGACGAUCACCUCAUCUCGGGAGCGCGUGAUAGACUUCACUAAGCCCUUCAUGACUCUAGGGAUUUCCAUCAUGAUCAAGAAACCAGUAAAGGAGAAGCCAGGCGUCUUCAGCUUCAUGUCUCCGCUCUCUCAGGAGAUCUGGACGUGUGUUGUAUUCGCCUACGUUGGAGUGUCCAUCGUGCUUUUUCUCGUCAGUAGAUUUAGCCCCUACGAGUGGAAGGUGAUUGAGACUUACACCAAGUCGAGUGUGACUAACGACUUUACAAUCUGUAACAGUCUUUGGUUCACCCUGGGAGCCUUCAUGCAGCAAGGCAUUGACCUCAGUCCCAGGUCACUCUCAGGAAGAAUAGUGGGCAGUGCCUGGUGGUUCUUCACCCUUAUCAUCAUCUCAUCAUAUACGGCCAACUUGGCUGCCUUCCUCACCGUGGAGAGGAUGGUCACGCCUAUCAAGUCGGUGGAUGACCUGGCCAAGCAGACUGAGGUGGAGUAUGGUACCCGUGACGGUGGCUCUUCUAAAGAGUUCUUUGAGAGGUCCAAGAUAAGCGUAUACAACCGCAUGUGGGAGUUCAUGUCAUCUCGGAAGUACGUAUUCACUUCGACGUACGAGGAGGGCAUCGAGCGGGUACGGACGUCGAAGGGAAAGUACGCUUUCCUGCUGGAGAGCGUCAAGAACGACUACAUCAACGAGCAGCUGCCGUGUGACACCAUGAAGAUAGGACAGAACCUCAACUCUAAUGGCUACGGUGUCGCCACUCCAAUGGGUUCUCCCCUCAAAGAGCGUCUCAACCUGGCCAUCCUCAGCCUGAAGGAGGACGGUGACCUAGCCAGACUCAAGAACAAGUGGUGGUACGAGGGUUCCGCGUGUGACCGCGACACCCAGGACACACAGACAAACGCCUUGACGCUGAGCAACGUGGCUGGCAUCUUCUAUAUCCUGACGGGGGGUCUUGUCCUCUCCAUGGUAGUGGCUCUCAUAGAGUUCUGCUACAAGUCCAAGAUGGAUGCUGCCAGGGCUAAGCUGAGUUUGUCUGACGCGAUGAAGGCCAAGGCGCGCAUGUCCAUCACUGGAGGCAAGGAUAUGGAUAACGGAAGAUUCUACGCGCCGGCUAGCCAGAUCCUGGAUGGGGAUGCCCUCCACGCCAACACCCACACCCAGGUCUGACGGCGGCCGCGCGCCUCCCACUGUCCCACGCCUCAACUCCAGCUGCUUGACACCACUUCCCAACCCAGCUCCCACGCCCAGCCCAGCUCCCACACCCAGCCUCACGAACCUCUGUACGGCCAGCCGUACAGGUUCUCCUACAGCAGCCAGGAGCAGCGGCGAGCAUCGCAGGCGUCUCUGAGCAUGACCUACGGGUCUCCGACCUCUCAGCCACUGCUAGGGCAGGCGCAGGCAUCACAGACCCAGCCCUUCGUCUCGCAGGCGCAGAUCAACCAAAUGUUUACCUCCCACAGCUGCGACUCCCAGACGUCCCUCACAGCAUCCCAUCCCUUGAGGUCUUCGCAGGGAUCUCUGGACGUGUCGCAGGUGUCUUGCGCCUCCAGUGGGCCCCCUGCGACGCCUGCGAUCACGCACUCCACCUCCCUGCCUCCAGUGUCACUUCCCUCCACCCAAACACCGACGUCGCAUAUCUGUGCUGAUUUUCCCUUUUAGAGUCCGUGUGUUAGUGACAGACACACGAGUGUAGAUAAUUAGUUAGGUUACUAUUACUACUUUUGUAAUACCAAAAAAUGAAUAACCUUCGGCAGUUAAAGCAUGACUAUCUAUAUAUAUAUAUAUGACUGGCCCAAGUAUUUAAGGGGUUUAAUUGUAGUAUAACCACUAAAUUGUCGCCUUUGAUUCAAAGUUUUAAGACAAAAUUUUCAUAUAUCAGUAUUUUGAAUGUUUGAUAAAUCGCAACCAAGAUAUGCUUGGACAAUGCUGUGCAGAGAUUCCACGUCACCAAGGAGGCAGUUACCCUCGGCCUUUUCUCUUUCAUUGUAUCCCUAUUAGGCAUAAUCGUCAGUGAUUAUUACAGUAGUCCUCUGAAGUCUUGUUUUCCAGGUAGGCUGCGUCAGGGUAUAAUGUGUGUCUACAACCUUCAAGAGGCACUCGUAAAUGAUACGACUCAACAUUUCGACUCAGAGCGACAACCUUCUCAGCGUUGUCGUUCUUGGUAUUCAUUUUCUUGACAUAAUUACCGGUCUCUCGCUCCAUUCUGCUGGAACAACUUCAAAAAAAAAGUUUGGGGCAGUGACACUUUCUCGAUCUGAAGAUUGGUACUAGUGACUAAACUGGAGUGGUUUCAGAAUCUUUAGCUUCACUUUCCCCACUGACUUGGCCUUAUCACGAACCAGGAUGAGCUCACAGAAAUCAACGCACUGCUGAGAGUGCAGUUAUUGAACUCUUAUUUUCCAAGAGUUUAAGGUUUUUACCCUCCAAACUAGUUGGAGGAGAGGAAGAUGCUACCGGGAACCUGGAAGACCUAUAGUGACGCACUGCACACGUUGCAAGGUAUUUAAUCCCAGUGUAUUUGUCGUCUUUAAUUGAAAAAGAAUAGUGGAAUUACUCGUGCUAUCCAUCUAGUACCUUGUAGAGGCCCUGGUUUAUGAAAGUAAACACCACUGGGGAAAACGUCGGUUAUGUAGUUAAUGUCAACUCAAGAAGCAUCUUUGCAACUUGCUCUCAUAUCGAUUUCCAUAGAUUCUUCCCUUACUCUACGGAGGACUGAGCCUCUGGCCUUCUGUACAUACAUCAGCUUCGCUCAUGUGGUGGCGGUAUGAGAGGGAAUAACUGUUGAUUUUUCAGUUAUUGUUGAAGCUUGUUUACCGCCUGAAUUUUGCUGACUUUUUACAGUGUCUUGAAACUUUUAUAUUUUCUGAAUCUUUGGCAGCGUAUGAUCCCCGGCUAUGUUAGGUAUUCUUGCCAUUUUCCCUAAAUUUUUCAUUUUUGUUCUCUUGUUUGUAGGAUAUAAAAGAUGCCACAGCGCAUCUCCGUUAUUAAGAAGUAGGUAUUUUACCACUUAUAGCUGCAUAGCCCUUCUGGCAUAGAGCUUUUUGAUUAUAAUAAUAAUACCACUUAUAGUUUCAUUUUUCUGACGGAUGAACUAUAUUUCUGUUUUCGUCUCUGUCUGUAUUGACUUUGCCAACUUUAGAUCAACAGCAAGUAGGGGAGAAAACACACAAAUAAAACAGGUGUAUAUGUGUCACAACAACCCUCUCAUCUUCCCCCGUAAUACAACAGACCCAUACCACUAUGGUAUCAUACCUCCGUGAACGUGUAUACGAUUCCAACAGUCGAGUAUCGUGUUACAAUGGAGUUAGACUGCUGGCAACACUAAUAUAUAUAUAUUCUGGAUAGCUAUCAAGGUUAUUUGUACCGAGGACAAUAAUUGGCCUGAGAGGCGGUACUCGGUUGCUUUGAAUUAGCGGAAACUGUUAUAACAUUUUAAAACGCAAACAUGUUAGCAGUAUUAAGGGGUGAAAUUUGUAUUUCAACCAGAAAUAUUUUGGGUCCAGUCCUAUAUAUAUAUAUAUAUAUAUAUAUAUAUAUAUCUCACGAAACAAGUGAUUUUGAAUCAUUAACAGAACUGCGGCUUGGCCGGGACUCGACCCUGCGUUCCCUUGCCCAGCCCUGUGUGAACUGAACAGAGUACGCAUCACUCUCUCCAUUGGACCACCAUCCUUACACAACAAGUGCCCAGCAGUAUUGAGCGUGUUAUCCUGAUGCACGCUCAGUACUGCUGGACACCUGAUGUUUAAGGAUGGUGGUCCAGUGGAGAGAGUGAUGCUUAGUUCAAUUC